UGAAAAGUUUCAGUAGUCAGUCAGCUUUAGUUUUAAUAACAGAGAAUUCUGAAUCUAAUAUAACACUAAAUAUUUGCAUUUUAAAUUUCCUAAUCAGAAAUCCACCUAUGAGAUGAUCUCAUUUUACUCUUCUGCAGGUCUUGAAAGCUUUAUUGUUGCUGAGUUUUGCCUCACUGCUGCACGCCAGGAAAGGGCAGGUGCUGACGGUGCAGAUGAGGGACGGAAGCAGAUCAAGAGGCGCCAACGUGAAGCUGGUCCUGGAUACGUCAAUUUUACCUGACCUGUCUAGAAAAUCCGUCUCAGACAUUGCCAACAUGUCUUUGUCACCAUGGAUUUACAGAGACUCCUGUGAUGCCUCUCGUUUACCGAGGCGGAUCUCACAGGCCCACUGCUUGACCUCCGGCUGUCUGAGCCCGCUGGGGGGACAGGAAGAUUUAACUCUGGAGGUUAAACCCAUCCAAUAUCAGAUCCUGGUCCUCCACAGAGUCCCAAAGCAAAUUAAGAAAACCGGAAAAAGGACAAAGAAGAAGUACGAAUUUGUUCUGGGGACCGAGGUGGUCACAGUUGGCUGCACCUGCGUGAGGCCUGCAAUCAUACCUCAGCAGUGACCAGAACCUACAAUGUACAGUGUUGUUCGUGUGAUGCUUUACUUAUUUUAAAUCUGUUUCUGCAAAUGGUUUAAAUCAGUUACUGAUCAAUAUGACUGCAACUUUCUCAGAUGAUGCUGUGGUUAUCAUAUAAGGACUUUAUGGCCAGUGUGAUAAUUUGGUAAUGCUUUUAUGCUUAAUGCCUCUCUGUUCAGUCACAAUAUGUGACAGCACAAUGAAAAUAUGUGAAUGAGAGCAGUUUUUGGGUGGAAUUUUGAUGUAUUAAAAUACACUUGAGCUUUGUUGUUUUACAAAUAGAUGUAUACAUGCAGCACUGAUUUCAUUCAUAUUCCAGUUUUUUAGAUUAAAUUUUAUACAUACA